GCGGACGUGGCGGCGGCUGUCGGUCCGGAAGGCGGCGACGGCGGGGACGGCGGCGACGGCGGCAGGAGCGCGCCCGGGACAGCCGAGAACCCGGGGUCGGUCAUGAGCUUCCCCGGGGCCGCGGCCGUGGUGGCGGACGGGACCGUGGCGCCGCGCCCCUGCUAGAGGACAGAUUAUAACAUCAUGGCGGGGAGGAACCAGAAUCGAACUGUCUCCCUCCCAGGAACUCAGGCCAGUGGCCAGCUCCAUACCUUUGGAAAUUGUACAGACAGUGACCUGUUGGAAGAAGAUGCUGAAGUGUAUGAGCUUCGGUCCAGAGGAAGGGAGAAGGUUCGAAGAAGUACAUCGAGAGACAGACUUGAUGACAUCAUUCUGCUAACAAAAGACAUACAGGAAGGAGACACUCUGAAUGCAGUAGCCCUUCAGUACUGUUGUACGGUAGCAGAUAUCAAAAGAGUUAACAAUCUCAUCAGUGAUCAAGAUUUUUUUGCCCUUAGGUCUAUCAAAAUUCCAGUUAAAAAGUUUAGUUCUUUGACUGAAACUCUUCAUCCUCUGAAAGGAAGACAAGGUUUGCAUCCUCCACCCGUCGCAUGUGCUCCAGAGCGGGAAGCUGUGGCCCCUGGUGCCUGUCUGCCUUCCACUGAGUCAGCUGGCAGUUUCCUGGAAGAAGUGGAUCGAGACAUAGAGCAGAUAGUGAAGUGCACAGACACCCAGAGGGAGAACCUGAAUGAGGUGGUGUCUGCCUUAACAGCACAGCAGAGCCGCUUUGAACCGGAUGGCAGAAGCACUCACAGAAAGGACCCGUACUACGGAGCAGACUGGGGAAUUGGUUGGUGGACAGCUGUGGUGAUAAUGCUGAUAGUGGGUAUAAUAACACCAGUAUUUUAUUUGCUCUAUUAUGAAAUUUUAGCUAAAGUGGAUGUUAGUCACCAUUCAACAGUGGGCUCUUCACAUUUGCAUCCAGGACUCACACCUCCAUCUCAGCACAGAGAAAUGGAAAAUGGAAUUGGUCCAACAAAAGGAAUACAUGUUAGUCAACAAGAUGACCACAACCUAUAUAGGCAAGAUCCGCAAUCACCUGCUGCUCAACACAGAACGUAGCAGAGAGCUCUGAUCAGCGUUGAUGUGUGCCUAUGGAUAUGGCGAUUCACAGAUAGCCAACAGCUGCUUCGAAGUCAGCAUCUAGGGACAUCGAAGAUGCUGUUUUCACCUUGCUAGGAACCCCUAAGCCUUUUACAAAUGGAUUGUCUGUAACACACAUAUGUGCUUCUUUAUAUUGAGACUGGUCAGAAUACAUCUGCUGUAUCAGUUCUUAAAGCAGAAAUUAACUUAAAUGUAUGUGUAAGACAUACAUUUCUAACUUGCAAAAUGCUGUCAUUUUUCUUAUUCAGGAUUAGUUGUGUUUAAAUUUAUUUUUUUAAAAAUUAUUUUUUAAUUUAAGGUUGUUCUUGUCAAGUUUUUCAAAUGCUUAACAGCUAAAGAAAAUUUGCUACCAUACCACCAAAAUACUAGUUUUGAUUCUAAAAUUAUGAUACCAAGUACUUAACACUCAAUUUUGAAAGUGUUUUUUGUCUUUUGAGACAGGGUUUCUCUGUGUAGUUUUGGUGCCUGGCCUGGAUCUCGCUCUGUAGACCGGGCUGGCUCUGUCUCCCGAGUGCUGGGAUUAAAGUCUUGCACCACCAUCGCCUGGUUUCAAUUUUGAAACUUUAAAAACAUGUUUUAACACGUGCUAUGAAAGCAAAUGUAGAAACAGAUAUAGAAACAUAAUUUAUAAUUUCUGUAAUAGAGGCUAACAAAUAGAUUAAAUAUUUUAAGACCCCCAAAUAAUGUCUUAGGGUUGGAAACUUACCCUUUGACCACAAGGACACUGAAAUGGGUCAAGACCUAGUCCAUCAAAAAGGAAUGCUUUAUGAGGCGCCCUCCAGCCUCACAUUCACUUAUCAUUUAAAAUAAAAAAAAAAAAACUUGUAUCUGAUAAUUGGAAGCACUUUGUAGCACUUUGAUGAAGUGUUAUUCAGAAAAGUAUAUUUAGCAAAUUCCUCUUUACAUACUGUGACUAAUCACUGCUGUUACAAAUAGUAACAUGCCUUAAUUAACACUUCCUGCCUUAUAAUGUUACUUUACCGAGAGCUCAGACACACUUUACAAUUGAAUUUGAAACAUUGUCAGAUUUCCUUCCAUAGGCUGUCAUUCCACAGACUGUAACUUUGUCUUCUCUUUUAAACACAAGUAAACAUGAUGUAGCAGAUUUGUACUAUCUGCCUCUCAUGUCUUGCAGAGAAAAAAAUGAGUGAACAGGACUUUGACGUUAGCAGUAAACAGAUUGCUGUAUUUGGUGGCCCCUUGGCCUCUGCUUUUCAAAAGAAAUGUCCUGUUUAGAUGAUCUAAAUGCACCUAAUAUGCACUAUCAAACUGAGAAACACAGGCCAAAGUGUGAAUUAGUCAAAAGGGCUUAAUAGUGACAUUUUCAAAGUCUACUGUGAGACAACCAGUUUGGCUAAGAAGCAUUUGUAUACUGAUUUCAGUGUUUAAUUUUAAAUAUGUGUUUUUAAAAUAUCAGUACAGGUGGUAGAAUUGGGAUUGCAUGUUUUCUGUAUAAUAAACUGCACACCUUAAAAUAUAUCACCUCUUUCUGGACAUUAUUCCUAAAUCAAUGUUUCAGCUUUUUAAGCAUUUUCUAUAUCAAAUUCUAAUCCUGAUACAAGGAAUUAUUAAUACACAUUUAUUAUAUUUGGGGUUUAUAUACUUUGAGAAGAAAAAGCACUACAAAAAGACACAGAAGUCAGUCAUUUUAUUAAAGCCCUUACAUAUAUCAGAGAAGUUUAGAAAAUUACCUUUAAAGUAUUUAAUAAUAGGAAAGUUGUAGUGAAUCAAUUCCCUUUGUAUAUCUUAGUUAAAAUAAUUGUUUUAACAGCCAUGUGCAUUUUGAAAUGAGCAUGAUCUGUAAAUAUGCUCAGUGCUAACACAGCCAGUUUACAUAAUAUUUAUUAAGCCUGCUGAAAAAAAUCAAAUUUUAGGGUAGAAAAUGAAGACUUGAGGGCAGUACAGGUGACAUAACCUUUGAAGGACUUUGUUUACAUCAAACAAAAUUAGAGAGUUGGUAAUUUUUUUUUCUGGUUUUAUUUGGAAUUGUAAUCAAGGGUUUGAUAACUUAUGUUUAAAGGAGGAGGUACACCUGCUGGUUAAAAUUACUUCUGUCUUGAGCAUCCUCUUUGAAGGAAAUACAACACACAUCCUUAGGAAACAACCACACAAUUUCCUUUCCCUAUGUAUUUUAGAGUUACUAAUCAAAUAUAAUUCUAUAUGUAGGAUUAUGCUUUCAUUUUUAAAAAAAUUUAGCAUUUCAUAGAUUUUUGAAACUAUAUUAAAUAUGCAUUUGCAAAUGUAUGCAAAGUUUUGGCAACUUCAUUGUAUUUUAGACAACACAAGCACAACUGUCAUUGUUUGAUAAUAUGGAUCAUGUUCAAGCCCUUACUUGAAUUUGCUUUGAGGCUUUAAUUUUUGUGUGUGUACUUGUGUGUAUGCAGUUAUAAGCAUAACAGAAGUGGGUCAUAGUCAUUGAUACUAGUUCACUUAAAAAUUUGGAAUUGCAAGUAAAGAAAAACCUGAUAUUAGGACACAUUCUUGACUUGUUGAAGACUAGUUAGAUGUGGUUGAGUUUGUUUUGAACCAAUGGAUACCUACUUAAAUAUCAUCACUGUCCUCUCAACGAAGCAAAGUUAUGGUCUGCUGGCCAUGUUAUGGAUUAGGAAGGAGCAUGCAUUCUCAAGUGGAGUUGGGUUGUUAAAAGCUUUUUUCUGGACUCAGCUUUUUGGCGGUGAGAUCUAACAUCUCACUGGAAAGAUGAAGGCUGUGGUUAGAAAUAGAAGUGGAGAUCCAGUCUCAGUGUGUUAGAAUUAGGGUUAUUUAAACACUGCAUUAUCAUGGGACUCUUUCUGAUUUUGAAUUACAACAUUGUUGCUCAGGAAAUCAGUAUUUUUUUCUAAGUAUGUGCAUAUUGCACUGUUAGAUCAUAGAAAUAUAUGAUGGUUUAUUUAAUUCAUUUUAUGUAUGCAAAAGCUAUAAAUCUUUUGUAUAAUGUAUUUUAUAUAAUUGCAAAUGUAUUAAACCAUUGUUAGCAUGUACAUCUGUAAAACUGGUUUUUAAACUUUUUGCCUUGUUUUUCAUAUUUUAAGGAUAUGCAAAAAUAUUAAUAAAGUUUCUAUUUUAUUAAUUUGAAAAUGGAAGUUGUUGAAUGUAAUUGAAUAAAGCAAACAUUUAAUUUUGUUCUUUCAA